CGCAGCGAGCUGAAAAAGCAACAUACACUCAUCGUACGACGUACCCAUACAACCUUGAGAAGCGAUAGAGCGACAAAAGACGACGUAAUCAGACUCAGUUCUGAGGGUGCACUGUUUCGAAAAGGAUAAUCAAGCGGGUUAGAUUGGUGGAAUUUCCAUAAUCCUUCCCCUAACCGACGAGUGUGCAUUGUCAUCGUCUCAACACACCAUGGAAUAUUCUAGCAACGACGUCAAGCAACUGUUCAGGUCUGUCUACAUCUUGGUGAAGGGACAGGACGAACAGAAAGCGACACUUACGGUGGACGAUAUCCUGCAGCCAAGUUUCCAGCUUAGCCACCGCGUACUGGUCUCGCAGUGUAUUCAACUGAUUUUUGAAGAUUUUGAAUGUGUCGGUCAGAAGUCUCGGGAAAUCCUAUGGCGCAAGGGAUAUUACGAUGUGGUGUCCGUGCUAAAGCGUCAAAAGAGCCGUGCAAAUGGAACGGCUCUGCUGCACGCCGCCGACCGGUUGAUUCGUGAGGGCAUCAACUACUUCAAGGCCAUCGUGCUUCGCUUCCAACAAAUCUUCAAUCUGGAUUCGUUGCGUUACCUUGUCGAUUUUGCACUGCUAGAGGACUACGAUAUGGAUGUGCUGCGUGAGGAACCAUCGUGCUACUCGCUGUUACAGCUGCAAACUCAAGAUGACGCUGCUGUAAAGGAGCUUUAUACCAAACAGGAAAUAUCGUACGCACUGGAAACGAUCCACGCACUGUUGAUAUCGCUGGGAGACUUACAUCGCUAUCAGCUUGAGUUCGGUAUCGGGAAUCGGAUGCAGUUGCGCGAACGUACCCGCAAGUACUAUCUGGAAGCGUUCAAGCUUAAUCCGAAGAUGGGCAUGCCACAGAACCAGCUCGGUAUGUUGGUAGGUGCGCAGAACGGACAUCUCGACGCGGUGUAUCACUAUCUAUACUCGCUCUGCAGUACGAUUCCGUUUGAGUGUAGCGAGACGAAUGUAAAUGUAAUCUUUCAAAAGAACAUUCGCCACCUGGAGAAUGGUGGUGAGUUGGCGAGUGGUGUCGUGGACGGGAAUGAUAUACUUGUGGACGAAUUUAUCGCUACCUUUCUGCUCGUGGUGGAUGUGUUCUUCUACGACAAGGUUGUUACCGACUUUAACGCACUGUGCCAUUCGGUGCUGAUGGAGUUUAAGAAGAUACUCAGUAUUCGUCAGCUGCUGGAAGAGUACUAUCUGACGGAUGAUAUGCUGUUCAAGCUCGUUUCGAUACUGUUCUUUUGUAUGCACCGCAUCAAGCUUAUCAACUCGGACAAGAUCUACAGCUUGAACGCGUUUCUGGUGGCGCUCUGUUCGGAGCUGCUCCAGUGGUGCACGUCCAGCUUUGAAAAAUUCACGAGCGAACAUAGCCGCGAGGACGCUCAGUUCCAAGAGCUCUACCUUCGACGGUACCAACGUUACGGUGCGCAGGUUAAUCGUGCGCGGGACAAUAUUAGGAAUGGAUCGACGAUGUAUUCCAAGGAUCAAAAAUCUUCAUCCGGCGUGGAGGAGGGAACGGGCAGUCAGGAUAGUCGCGGUAAUAAGGAGAACGAAAUUGCUAAUCAUGGUGGGAAGGUAUCUUCUUCAUCGAUCGUUCCCAGUGGAUCAAAAAAAGGUACGGAUAAUGGCCGUGAUAAAGGGACGAAUAGUCGUCUGAAGAAACAUUCCCGUCGUCGUAGACGUGCGUAUUCGAAUGAAAGCGAUUCAGAGGAUGGAGAGCGCAAUGAAGACGAGGACGAGGAUGUAUCGGAGGACGAUUACUACGAUAGAUCGGGCACGGAGUCUAACCACAGCAGCAGCGAAGAAGAGGAGGAAGAUGAAGACGAUGUAAUGUCACUGUCGAGCUACGGAUCGUACGAUGAAUAUUCGGAUGAGGAGGACUACGAUCAGGAGGAAGAUGGAGAACAUUCCAACGAAGAAGAUGACCAUCCCGAGGCGCGUAAUGAAGAUGAACAGCAUGGCGUCAUCGCUUGCGAGGAGUUAACUCCGGAACAGUUGAAGUUCAAAAAACGCUAUCAAAAACUGGACCCUAACAUUGUGCUAGAGUUCGCCCAGGGCGAUCGUACGAUGCGCUCGCUGAAGAUCCUGUUCGAUUGGUUGCUGUGCAACAUGGAUGUGCUGCACAAUUGCUACCAAUCGAACCCAGAGUUUCUGCACAAUAUCAUGAAGUUGCUGAAUUUUUUCAAUUUGGACUUCUUCACGAACCGAUUCUAUUUUACGCGAGAUAUGAUCACCGUUCAGGGUUUGCGCCUGGAUCUCCAAGAGAUAUUUAACGUUCGCCGCACCAUUCCGCUGCCGGAGGACAUCGCGAUGAAGCGUUUUCCGCUGUUCGAACCGGCCCAAGAGGGUUUGCUGUGGGAAACACCGUACAAGCUGGGUAUUGGCAAGGAAGAUGAGAGUUUCCUGCGCCUGAUGAAGAUGGUUGAUUUCGGGUUUGCUGUGUGCAAGUCGAAAAAGUUCGACUACUGCUUCCAGCCGAAGGUACGUGCUUUCAAAGUUCGAGUUGGUUACAAUGGAAGCGGCGGUAGCACCAAAGGUCGCUACAAGUCAUCGUCUAAGGGUCAACGGAAUGGUGGGAAACAGCGUCGAAAGGGCGAUAUGGCGGUGGGAAAAAAUGGAGGAAAUAAGCGAGAUUGGAAUGCGGUAUGCAGUGGCGAUGCUGGAAAUAGAUCCCGUGGACUUUCGUAUAGCCAGUCACGUACAGGCCGAACGAUGAAAGGUAAUGGAUUGGGGGAGGAGAAAAAUCGACGUAAACCGAUCGAAAAUAGUGAUCAUCGACGUGAGGAAUCGGCGAAUGAUGUUCUGCCUUCACGGGAGCGUAAUAAGCGUCAGCGUAACAGAGUGCGCAACAAGGCACGGCAAGGAAAUGACGAGUAUGGGUUGGCAGAAGGUCACGAACAAGCUCCAACGUUGUUCACGAAGAAGGGCUAUCUUCACAAUCGUGCUAAUGGAAUGUUGAUGCAACGUGGCGCUGGAUGCAAUACCGGAGUCCCCGAUGGAGAUGAAAUGCAGCGGGAUAAAAAAGGAGGACCUCAGGAGAAAGGUGACAUCAGUACGAUAAUGGGUCAACUGUGGUUGCGGAAUGAGGUCGAAACGCUUGAAUCGAAGGUUAAUAAACGAGCUGGUAACUUAACGCUGACACCGUACUUGGUGCUGGAUUCGAAAUGUCUGACCGAGUACACUUCCAUAGUGAAGAAUUUGAUCAGAACAAAGAAGUUUGUCGUUUUGAUCCCGGGUGCUGUUUUGGGUGACCUGGAUGAGUUGAAGAAGCACAGCGAAGGUGCACGUAAUGCCAUCAAGUGGUUGGAAGUUGAGUUUAGCAAAGGCAAUCGUUUCCUGCGUGCGCAGAAGAAUCACGAAUCAUUGCCAAUGCCAUUGGUGAAAAUUCCGAAAAAGCUAGAUCGCGAAGGUGCAGUUUUCAAUCAGAUCGUUCAGUUCUGCAACCAUAUCGUCACUGACCAUGCCGAUAAUGACAACGAUAUCAUCACCUACCUGUCGGGAGACAAUCUGCAGGAAAAGAAACUCUGCAAUGGUAGCAGCUACAUUGGCAUCCUGGAGGCCAUACCGGUCAAGUUUGAGCAAAUUGUCACGUUCUACUCUAGCUACAAGCGGAAAUGAACCCCGGCGUUAGCGUCUUCGACCGAACGGGAGUGUUGGUCUUUGGUCUAAAACUCUGCAGCGAACAACCACUAAAAGGCGUACAGAAGCAGAAAACAAACGAGCAUCAACAGCAAAAGCAAAUUCAUUCCUCUCUCUCCUCCAAACGAAGGGUGUCGUGUCUUCAGCGUCAAACCUUCUGUGUUGCUACCUUCCUUAUGUUCGGCCACAUAUUGCGAGGGAUAGUAAACAGGGUUGUAAUGUGCGCAACGAAGGAAGGAUACAGUGGGCGCGCGUGGCUUCUUCAGGCAUCAUCCCGUGUGUCCGCUUUCCUUCCUUAACCCUAAACUCCAGUACGGUGUGUUUGAAUAAUCUCUCCAUUUUCUGGGCAUUCGAAAAUCAAAUGAAAAAUCAUAUUUGCUUUGUUCAGAAUUUGGUGUCUCGAGUCCGGUUGGAACGGUUUCCAUACCGAAGGGGCAGACGUUAGCAGUACGUCAGAGAAAACAACACCAGCAAAGGAGAGAGAGAGAAAGAGAGAAAGUUAAUGAAGAAAAGAGAGCGAGAGACGAAGCUAAAAUUGAGGCAAAGCUGAUGAGAUAUAUAAAUUUUCUUGUUGGGAGGGAGAAAACUUUGAUAACAGAUGGAAUGAAGUCUCAGACGAUUAACUUAAAUAACAUCAAUUGUGUGUAGGAAGUCAAUCGUUGUGUACGUUGCAGGAGGGAAAUGCAUAUAAGUUUGCUUUGAGCAAUUUUCUAUCAACAAUAUCGUAUAUGCGGUAUUUCGCUAUUUGGAAACACAACAUUGAACAUAAUCUUCCUUGAACAUAACAUCCGUACGAUCUUUGGGUGAUGGUUUUCAUGAAUGAAGUUCACUUAACACCAUUGGAACUGUGCAAAUGCAUAAGAUAUUCAUGAGAAACCCGUUCAAUUGUGGAACCCUUCAAUUGCUUAAGCUUGAUAUUGUGGGGUUGAGGGUUAGAAGCUUGGAAGUAACAACAAAACACGUCUAGACUCGUAAGAACCAUUCCGCAAAUUUGAAUUCUUUCAUCCUCCAAGCGCGUCUCUGAAACGCAUUACGCGCUGCUAUCUGUUUUAUGCAUAGUUUUUCUUCGUUCUUCAUUAUUCUUUAAUUUUAAUCGCAAACCUUGAGUUCGGCGUAAACAUUCUUACUUACUUGUGUUAAUCUUAUUGUCAUUUUUCUUUCAUAACAUCAAAAAUUCGCAAAAUUUGGUUUGAGGAGCUCACGGAAUACUCCCAUGUGUGAAGCAGGGAUUAACGUUACUUUGUGCGUUAGGAGAAUACAAAUGGGUAACUUUUCACUAUGCCGGAAAGCUUUUCGAAAUCAUUUCAUGUUACAUCAUUCAUAUUACAUAUUUUCUGCUAAAAAUAUCGUUUGAAAUUUAUUAUGCUUUUCCUACAAAAAACCAUACGUACAACUAAAUUGAAUUAUUCCUAUGCUUAUGGUGAUCAGGCAUACAGUACUUGUUCGUUGUGGCAAUACGUGCGAUAUUGGAUCUCUAGUUUGAUCUAGUUUUCCAUUUUGUAACGAUUCUCUCAACAAUUCAAUUCAAUAAGUAUUGAUGGGUUUCCCAAACUCAUUUUUUUUGGGCACUAGAAAUGAAAGGUCCGUAAACAAACAGCUACCGUAAUUACCGUAAUACCGUAAAUUCCUGUGGAGACUCACAAUUAUUUCUUUUGGAUUCCCUUAUAUAUCAUAAUACCCAGCAAACAAACAGAAAAUGAGAAGAAAAGAGAUUCUUAAAUUAUGUUUCAGUUUUUCUCUCCUAACUACGUACGUACUACACAACCAGAACCAGAAACUAUUAUGCUUAAUUUUCUUUGCCGAGUUCGCAUUAAAUAAAAAUCCU